CUAUCCACACGCAAAGAUGGAGACAGAGGAUUGUUUCCAGGUCGGAUUAAUCGCUUAUCACGACAAAGACUACUCCAGAGCCAAGGAAUGGAUGAUCGAAGGACUGAGAAAAUUCCAACCGACAAUCUACAGUAGUUACCUCACGAAGACAGUGCUGAAGGAGUUUAUUGCCUGGUGUGAAUAUGAGACAUCUCAAAGAUUCAACUCCACUAAGACUGGUUUUGCUUAUAAAGCAUUGUCAAUCACAAAUGAAAUACUAGAAAAAGAACCAGACAACAAGAACGCGAAAGAAAACAAAGCAUUCUUCCAACUUGUAAUUGAAAAACACGAAGUUAAACAAGCACAAACGAAGAAAAGACCUCCUUACAUGGAUAUUUACAGCAGUCUUUGCCGUGGGCAAACUAAUAAGACAGCAGAAGAACUCGCAUUGUUGACAUGCUAUUAUGACAGAAGCACGCCAAAACUUUUCAUAAAACCAGCCAAAAUCGAGGUUCUCAAUUUAAAACCAAGGAUUGUUAAAUAUUCUAAUAUAAUCACUGAUGAGGAAAUCAAAGUGGUGAAGACGCUAGCUACACCAAGGUUGCGACGAGCGACGAUCAAUAACUUAGCGACAGGCAAAUUGGAGUUUGCCAAAUAUAGAGUAAGCAAAACAGGUUGGUUGGAAGAUUACGAAAAUGAAGUGGUAGAUCGCAUCAGCAAAAGAAUUUCCAGUUUGACUGGUUUAUCUACGAUUCUUGAAUCAGCUGAAGCAAUGCAGGUUGCAAACUAUGGUAUAGGAGGUCACUAUGAACCACACUGGGAUCAUGCUAUAAAUCCCAAAGCAUCAAUUUUAAGAAUACACAAAGGAAACCGCCUCGCUACGUUCCUCAUUUAUAUGUCUGAUGUUGAAUCAGGUGGAUACACAGUUUUUAUGAGAGCAAACGCAAUAGUGAAACCAUCCAAGGGUGAUGCAGUGUUCUGGUACAACCUCCGCAGGUCGGGGGCAGGAGACUCGUCUACAAGGCACGCAGCUUGCCCUGUCAUCGUUGGAUCCAAAUGGGUUUCCAACAAGUGGAUUCACUCACAUGGACAGGAAUUUCGGCGACCUUGCGGCCUUCAGAACGACGGUCUUGCCUGGGAAACAACAGUUUAUUAACAAAUUCAAUUUAUGCUCACUUGCUUUGCUUGCACAAAACAGUCGUUGUUGACAAACGGCUUGCCAAAAUUAGCAUUACGCCAAUAGCUUAAUUUUCUAACGUCAUUUUGUAAAGAGAAGAUAGAAUAAAUAUAAUUU